CAGUCGAUAUCUCUAAGUAAACGAUACUGUUCAAGCAGUCGUCACAUAUUAAGUCACAGCUGUUUUCGACCAAUAUCGAUUACAUAAAAUGGUACAAAAUUUAUAAUAGAUAUUUGGGUAAAAUUGUGAAUAAAACUAAUAUAAUACAUGAAAAAAUUGUUCGAAAAUCGUUUCAUAUUUGAAUGUAAUGCCCAUGCACCAAAUAAAACCUGACCCACGGUCCGUUAAACAACACAAGACGAGCUCCAUCAUCUUAGCAGGCCUCGGCGUGGCCGCUGUUGGCUUCGCAGGCAAACACCUGCUGCGCCGCAUGCCGCAGAUGACCAGCAAAUUCAACGAAGCAAUCAAGAAUCUACCCAAAUUUGAUGCGGAAAGCAUGGCCAAUGCCAAAUACUACAAAGGUGGCUUCGAUCCCAAAAUGAACAAACGUGAAGCGGCACUUAUACUUGGCGUCAGUCCAAGUGCCUCCAAGCUAAAGGUUAAGGAUGCGCAUAAAAAGAUCAUGUUGCUUAAUCAUCCAGAUCGCGGGGGCUCACCUUAUUUGGCGGCCAAAAUAAACGAAGCUAAAGAUUUUCUGGAUAGUUCGAAAUAAAAUAUUCAGAAUAUU